AUGAGAAGGAGAAGCUACAUUCUCCAUUUUAAACUAUAUGCUCAGACAGGAAGGUUCCAAUCAAUGAAAUUAAAAAGAGACCACAAUGAGCUAACAAAGGCAGACAAUAAUGCCGAUGGCAUAUCGAAAGAAUUAGAGUCUCCAUUGGUGGAGGUCGCCCUUCCCGAGGAUUAUAUUGCUAGACAUGAAGAAAAGUUCAACGUAGCUUGCCAACACAUUUUGGAGAGAGACCCGUCGCUUUUACCUCAUAUAAAGAAUAACGAAUUUUCGCUAUAUUUGAGGAAGACCCAAGUCCCUAAUACACUUGAGGACUACUUUACAAGACUUGCCAGUACGAUCAUAUCUCAGCAGAUUAGUGGCCUAGCAGCGAAGAGUAUUAAAGGAAGAGUUGUUGACCAUUAUGGCGGUACGUUUCCGGACUACAAAGUGCUUUUCGAGGACUUUAAAGACCCAAUUAAAAACGCAGAAAUUGCAAAGUGUGGGUUAAGUAAAAGAAAAAUGACAUACUUGGAAUCUCUUGCAGCGUACUUUACUGAAAGCAAUAAGGAGAUUGAAAAAAUUUUUGGCCAAGAAGAUAAUGAUGAGGCGGUGGUUGACAGUCUAGUUACAAAUGUUAAGGGGAUUGGUCCAUGGAGUGCUAAAAUGUUCUUGAUGUCGGGGCUGAAAAGAAUGGAUAUAUUCGCUCCAGAAGAUCUGGGUAUUGCCAGAGGAUUUUCAAGAUAUCUUUCAGAUAAGCCAGAACUAGAAAAGGAACUGAUGCGUGAAAGGGGGGAAGUUAAAAAGAGUAAAAUAAAACAUAAAAAAUAUAACUGGAAGAUAUAUGACGAUGACAUAAUGCAGAAAUGCUCGGAAAGAUUUGCACCUUAUAGGUCUGUGUUUAUGUUCAUACUGUGGAGGCUCUCGAGCACAAAUAUUGAAGCUAUGAUGAAGGCAGAAAAGGAUUUUGUGAAAUCUUAA